GGCAACUUAGGGGGUUAACUUUUUAACUCUCUGCUCCGAUUCAACUCAGCUUCUUCACUCCGAGUUCACUCUCCCAACUCCUUCCUCCUUCUCGCCCUUGAUUUUACCCACAUCCUAUAGAUCUGAUCUCAACCGUUCGUGGCUAUCAACGGCAUCGCUGAUGUCUCUGCUCGUGGUUUCUACGUCUUCAAUCGGUGGGUUGAAAAAAUUUCAAUGCAUGUUGCUGAGAAGGUUGCUUAUAUUAUUAUCAUGUAUGGUGUUUAUGGUUGAUUCUGGUAUAUAUGAUAAAACACUGGAAGCUCCUUCGUUAUCUCCUACUUCACAGUUAUCCAUACCAUUCACCAAAAGUAGGAACGAAUUAGAACCUCCAAUUUCCGGCUUCAAAAAUAUCGCACCUUUUCAUUCUAUCGCUGAUGCAAUUCCUUCUGCUCUGCCUCAACCACCAAUGUCCCCUGUUGAUUCCAAUUGUUGUAAACAAGACAUGGUGUUGAAACGAGGCAGUGAGAGUUGCCAAUGUGUUUAUCCUAUAAAGCUAGACCUUCUUCUUUUGAAUGUCACUCAGAACUCUGAGUGGAGUGUUUUUCUUGAUGAAUUGGCUACCCAACUUGGGCUGCAGACUACCCAAAUUCAACUCAUCAACUUUUAUUUACUCAGCUUGUCGACGUUGAAUAUUUCGAUGGACCUCACUCCGCAUAAAGGGAUCGGUUUCUCUGCCCAUGAAGCUGCUAAAAUAAACUCUUCGCUUUUGCUGCAUAAGGUUCAACUAGACCAUCGAUUCGUGGGUGACUACAAACUUCUCAAUAUAACCUGGUUUCAACCUCCACCUCCUUCUCAAGCUCCUACUUUUGCCGCAUCACCUCUGAAAGCUCCUCAGAAACAAGCACCUCCAGCUACAGUAAGUACUUCAUCAGACCGGGACAGCCAUUCAAAUUUGCUCCUUGUUCUUGGAAUUGUCACUGGCAUACUACUCAUUUCCAUUGUAUGUGUGCUUACACUUUGGUUAUGCACAUUGCGGUCAAAAACAAAAACACCUCCCACAGAAACUGAAAAGCCAAGGAUGGAAAGUGCAGUUUCAGCUGUUGCGUCUCUUCCCCACCCAACCAGUACACGCUUUAUUGCUUAUGAAGAACUUAAAGAAGCAACAAACAAUUUUGAACCAGCAAGCGUACUUGGAGAAGGAGGUUUUGGUAGAGUUUUUAAAGGUGUCCUAAAUGAUGGAACUGCUGUUGCAAUUAAGAGACUUACUAAUGGAGGGCAACAGGGUGACAAAGAGUUUAUGGUUGAGGUUGAGAUGCUUAGCCGAUUGCACCAUCGUAACCUUGUAAAACUAGUGGGAUACUAUAGUAAUCGUGACUCAUCACAAAAUCUACUUUGCUAUGAGCUUGUCCCAAAUGGAAGUUUAGAGGCCUGGCUUCAUGGUCCCUUGGGUAUAAAUUGCCCUUUGGAUUGGGACACUAGAAUGAAGAUCGCGCUUGAUGCUGCAAGAGGACUUGCAUACUUGCAUGAAGAUUCACAGCCCUGUGUUAUACAUCGAGAUUUCAAGGCAUCCAACAUAUUGCUUGAGAACAACUUUAAUGCUAAAGUUGCAGAUUUUGGUCUUGCAAAACAGGCACCUGAAGGCAGAGCUAAUUACCUAUCUACUCGUGUCAUGGGCACAUUUGGGUAUGUAGCUCCUGAGUAUGCGAUGACUGGACAUCUACUUGUGAAAAGUGAUGUUUAUAGUUACGGAGUUGUCUUGCUGGAACUGUUGACGGGAAGGAAACCUGUGGAUAUGUCACAACCAGCUGGACAAGAGAACCUUGUUACUUGGUCAAGGCCAAUUCUUAGAAAUAAGGACCGGUUGGAAGAACUUGCUGAUCCAAGGCUUGGGGGAAGGUACCCAAAGGAAGAUUUUAUCCGUGUAUGCACAAUCGCUGCAGCCUGUGUUGCUCCUGAAGCAAGCCAAAGACCCACAAUGGGUGAAGUGGUACAGUCACUUAAAAUGGUGCAGCGCGUCACAGAAUAUCAUGAUCCCAUGUUAGCCUCAUCCAAUACACGGCCCAACCUGAGACAAUCCUCUACCACUUAUGAGUCUGAUGGGACAUCUUCAAUGUUUUCUUCGGGUCCUUACUCUGGCCUAAGUGCUUUUGACUAUGACAACAUUUCUAGGACAGCUGUUUUCUCUGAAGAUCUUCAUGAAGGACGAUGAAGGUACUCACUCAGAAAGG